AUGUCAGCUGGAGCUCAAAUUCAACCAAUGGCUCCUCAACAAACUGUCCUUAUCCCUUCGCAAACUAGUCAGAAUCAGGACUCCAAUAUGAGUACUGGAAGUUCCCAUUCUGACAAAGAAAUCGAAUCAGCCACUCCAGAAAAACUCGCUAGACCCACGGAAAGAAAGCGAAAACGGAAAGCCCCCGAUGAUACCGGUAAUAUGCAGGGUAAAAGUAGUAGGGGGGUUAUUAAUCAAGAUAAUAAGAAAAUAAACGACUAUUUUGCCAAACAGCAGGGUACAAGUCCCGUACGGCAUGGUGGAGCAAAAAGCCCCUCAGCUCAGCCUCCGUAUCCUAUGUAUCCACCUUCCUCGCCUCAGCCAACGGGAGUUGUGAACCAAAAUCCUACGGAGUUAGGGGCUUUAAUGCAGCCUCCAAGACCUCCCUUGGGACCGACCAAAGCUCCUCCUCGGCCCACCCAAGCGACGCCGCGAACCCCCACCGAAAUAUGUUCCCCUCGACCACUAAAUGAGUUUGAAAACGCUUCAGAAUUAGAAUUAAGAAAUAAGCUAAACGAGCAUAUUAGGUCAAAUGAAGAACUUAGGCAUCAGUUGGCUACUUCUCAAAAAACUAUUGAACAACACAAAAGCCACAUAGAUAAGUGUAUUGAAGUUGUAAAAAAACUUUUAAAAGAAAAAAGUAACAUAGAAAAAAAAGAGGCUAGGCAAAAAUGUAUGCAAAACCGAUUAAGGCUUGGACAAUUUGUGACGCAGAGGGUGGGAGCUACCUUUCAAGAAAAUUGGACGGACGGUUACGCUUUUCAAGAAUUGGCUAGGCGGCAAGAAGAAAUAACCACUGAGAGAGAAGAAAUUGAUAGGCAAAAAAAAUUAUUAUUAAAAAAAAGACCUUCUAAUGACUCCGGUAGGAAAAGGAAUGCAAAUCCUCCUGGUUCCAUAUCCAUGCACAACGGUACUGAUGCUACAACGUUUUUAAAGCCUGACUCCCUUUCAAGUUUUACAUGGCAAGAAUACUAUGAGGCUGACGAAAUUUUAAAGCUUAGACAAAGUGCUUUAAAAAAAGAAGAUGCCGACUUACAACUUGAAAUGGAAAAAUUAGAAAGGGAAAGAAAUUUGCAUAUUAGAGAAUUAAAAAGGAUUCAUAACGAGGAUCAAUCUAGGUUUAAUUCGCAUCCGGUGCUAAAUGAAAGGUAUCUACUUUUAAUGUUACUUGGUAAAGGCGGAUUUAGCGAAGUACAUAAAGCCUUUGAUCUGAAGGAGCAGCGUUAUGUAGCAUGUAAAGUUCACCAAUUAAAUAAAGACUGGAAGGAAGAUAAAAAGGCUAAUUAUAUUAAGCACGCUUUAAGGGAAUAUAAUAUUCAUAAAGCGUUAGAUCAUCCUCGAGUUGUUAAAUUAUAUGAUGUCUUCGAAAUAGACGCCAAUUCUUUUUGUACAGUUCUUGAAUAUUGCGAUGGACACGAUUUAGAUUUUUAUUUAAAACAGCACAAAACCAUACCCGAAAGAGAAGCAAGAAGUAUUGUUAUGCAGGUGGUCUCAGCUUUAAAAUAUCUUAAUGAAAUUAAACCUCCUGUUAUUCAUUAUGAUCUUAAGCCAGGAAACAUUUUACUGACGGAAGGAAAUGUUUGCGGAGAAAUUAAAAUUACGGAUUUCGGUCUUUCUAAAGUAAUGGAUGAAGAGAAUUAUAAUCCUGAUCAUGGUAUGGAUUUAACUAGCCAAGGCGCUGGUACGUAUUGGUACCUUCCUCCUGAGUGCUUCGUGGUCGGAAAAAACCCUCCUAAAAUAUCAUCAAAAGUUGAUGUUUGGAGCGUGGGCGUUAUUUUUUACCAAUGUCUAUACGGGAAAAAGCCGUUUGGACAUAACCAGUCACAAGCGACGAUAUUAGAAGAAAAUACAAUUUUAAAAGCAACAGAAGUUCAAUUCGCUAAUAAACCGACCGUUUCAAACGAAGCUAAAAGCUUCAUUAGAAGUUGUUUGGUGUACAGAAAAGAAGAAAGGAUAGACGUAUUUGCAUUGGCCAGGCACGAAUAUCUCCAACCUCCUGUUCCUAAACACGGGCGAAAUCAAAAUUCUCAAGCCCAGCAACAGCAACAACAACAACAGGUUCAAGCUCAACAACAAAUUCAACAUUCUUCAUUUUCAGCAGGUAUGUUUAGCGGAAUGAAUGCAUCCAGUUCUUCAUAG